AUGUUGUGCUUUUUACAGCCAUGCAAGAAACGACGAGAGGAAGAUGCUUCUGUCAAAACCAUCACAAGGUAUUUUUCACCAUUAGCAAAACCAGUGGAUAAAGCUUUGUCAUCACCAAAACCCAACAAUAUCCUGGAUUAUUUUAAGAAGACAUCUGUAACUGAGAAAGCCACAUUGCCAGCUGGGGAUGGAGAAGAUAAACCAGUGCUGGAUGCUGAUGACAAAGACUGUAAGUCAGCUUUUAAACCAUCUUUGAAGCGAAAGAGAAAAGGGAAGAAAGUUAAUUUAAAUCAUAAACUCAAAGAACCUGAGAAUGACCAUGAAAUAGGAAUUAGUAGUGAUGACAGCAGAGUGGCAACAAGACUGCAACAAGACAGCAGUGACUUUAUUGCUACCUGUACUCUAGUUGACCAAAAAUGUGCAAGAGAAUUGGCAGAAGAUGAUGUGGAAAGGGAAAACUUCUCAAAUGCUGUCCUCUCCAGGAAAAAUGCUAAAAAUGCUGGCUCUGAAACAAAUGGGUCAAAAAAUAGGAUAAGAAAAUCGAGGAAAAGGAAGCACAAAGCAAAUAUGGAUUUGUCUGAAAGCUUUUCAUCUGACAACCAGAUGAAUGAAACUUGUAAAAAGGAAGCUGAGGAGGAGAAAAAUACAGUAGCAGAGAGUGAUGCUGCUCCUGGUGAUUCCAGUUUUGAGGUUCCUACGGAUGAUGGGACAUCACAGGUAAAUAACUGUAUAAUAACAGUGUCAUUUGAGGACUUCUUGAAGAGUCAGGGAGAAAACAAUGCUGAAGAAGACACAAAGCCAACAGUGGGCACUGGUGCUACAGCAAAUGAAGUGGACAAAAGUGAUGGUGUUUGUGAGCCAGAAAAGUGUGAGGAGUCUCAGCAGCCACCACUCAGAACAGUCACUGUCCUGGCACAAGUUCACUCCAUUCCCCCCAAGUUACCUCCCUCACACAAAGAGCAGAAAGGCUCCAGGAAAAUAGCUUCCAUUUUUUUGAAGCAGAAAGGACGUGGGGGGGAGAAAGAAAGCAGCCCACCCCUCUUGGACUGUGAGCAAACUGAACAGGUGACUCAGAAAAGGAAAUCUAACGUGGUUAUUGAGGAGGAGGAGCUGGAGUUGGCUGUCCUAGAGACUGCAGGGAUGGAUUCUUUGAAGCCAAAAUGCACCCUGGAAGAAAAGCAUCAGUUCAUGAAGGCCUUUAGACAACCAACAUCAGAUGGGACAAAAAGUGGAGUUAAAAAGGCACCUGGAAAACAAAAGCAAGCCUCUGCAAAGCUUUCCAAAGAAAAAGAAGGACCUGAAGAUGCCAUUCCUUCAAAUAAACAAUUAGAGGGUGGAAUACCAGAAGAUCAUGUGGACAGAUACACACAUUCUAGCCCUAAAAGCAAUAGAACUAAACCCAAAAGAUCUAGAAAGGUUCAGAAAAAAGGAAGCAGGAGAAGAAAGGCCUCAGAAACUAAGGAAACUCCUGUCUCCAGCACCAGCAACUGUCUGGGAGAAGGGGAUUCGAGUGCUGACUUUCUUCCUGUGGAAAACACCCCAGAUGUAAUAAUUUUAUCAAGUCCAAAAGUGAAUAAGUUAAGGAGGAGUUUAAGGCAGCAGAAAAUCCAAACAUCCACAAGUAUUACACCUAAAAAAGCCAGGAUUAGAACUGCCCUUUCUGCAGAUGAAUUGAGUCCACUACAGGCUUCUACCCCAAAGGCAAGCAGGCAAUCCUCCAAGAAAAGCAGCAUGUACAGAGCUGAGGUGAUCACUGUGCCCUGUGAUGGAAACAGCCCAAUAAGGAUGAGGUUCACACGUAUCAGUGCGGCUAAAAAAUCAAACAAAGCUGGAGCAACGAAAAACGAAGAGUUUCACUCCAAAAAUACAAAGAUAAACUCUGCUUCUAAAAACAGAUCCAAAGCCAAGCAGCUGGUUGAGAAAGCCAAGGCUAUACAGCAGAAUAGAUCAAAGGGGCACGAGGACUCCCCAGCUCCUGUGAGACGCUCGUCUCGCCAGCGAGCUCUUGCUGAGAGGAGAAAAUCCCAGGACAGUGAUGAAUCUGUAAUAAUUUUAGAUUCCACUGUGAGUAGUGUCACUACUACAGAGCAGAGUGUGAAGCCAAAGAAACUUCGGAGCUUAAAUGAUGUUUUGGGGAAGAAGUCAAAAAACUUGAAGGUUGUGAAGAACUCAAAAGGGAAACUGGGAUAUCCACCUUCCUGCCUGGGCAGGAAUGCUCAGAACUCUGCAGGUGGACCAAUUGUGAUCUUUGAUGAAAGCAGCCGAGAUGCAUCUGAAAACUCUCAGGAUGAUGAUCAGUUCAGAGCAAAACGGGAAUUCCUGAUGAGUGGGUUGCCAGAGUCCCUGAAAAGACAGAUUGCAAAGAAAGCAGCAGCCAUGGAAGCUUAUUCUCUUGCAAGUUCCUGCUUUAAGACUGUUGUCCAUGUGCAGCAGAAGGAUGACUGCUGUCCAAUGUGGAAAUUGCAGUCACCAUCCUGUCCUCUGUUAACUAAGCUGAGGGAGCUGAAUGCUGAAGUCACCAAUGUCACAAAAAUCACUCUCUCACUUGGUGAAUUUUCCACUGUGAAUUCAAAACGACCUGGAAAUUGUUCUGCACCCGUGCUUUCAGGCUGCCGACCAGUUUUCCCUGAUCCAUUCAGGAAGGAUUUGCUGGAUGAGAUCCUGUCUUCUAAUUCCCAGUUUCCUGUGAAAAAACACUUCCACAAGUUCCUGAAAAAGCAAACGGAGCACUUGGGUUUGGAAAACAGUCUGCAAGGAAGCAGAGAUGGGACUGCAAGUUCUGAGGGAGAUCAGAAACAUCCUGACAACAGCAAGGAAACUAAGAGGAAAAGGAAAGAAACAGAAGAGCGCAAAUCAAAGAGAAGAAAACAAAUUGAAGGUACAGAGAGUGAAAUAAAAUCAAGAGUUUCCAGGAACCUUAUUUCUCCUGUAUCUGGAGAAAAACAGGCAGAGACAGGACAAACCACACAUCUGGGGAGAAGCAAGACCCAGAAAGCAGAAGACACUGGAUGUUUAUCAGAGCCAAGUGCACUGUCAGGUGUUGAAAAGGAAGACACGCUCUGGACAGAAAAAUACCAGCCUCAAGAUUCCAGUGAACUCGUAGGGAACAAGAAAGAGAUUGAAAGGCUGCACAGUUGGUUAAAAGAAUGGAAAAAAAGAGCUGAUUUGGAAGAAAAAAGAAACCAGAAAGGGGAAAAAGAGGACAAAGAGCAUGAAGAUUCCCUGAGCAGCCUUGACUUCAAAGAUAAUAAAUCUGAUAUUGAGGAAGAGACAAGCCUUUGCAACACAGUGCUGAUAACUGGCCCUCCAGGAGUGGGGAAAACUGCUGCAGUGUAUGCCUGUGCUCAGGAGCUUGGCUUUAAGAUCUUUGAGGUGAAUGCCUCCUGCCAGCGCAGUGGCAGGCAGAUCCUGUCCCAGCUGAGAGAAGCUACUCAGUCUCAUCAAGUGGACAAAAAAGGUGUCAAUGCACACAAGCCUUGCUUUUUCAACAGCUGUAGCACUGCCAAGUCACCAAAAAAAAUGUAUUCUCCGAAGAAAGUUAUUUCACCAAGAAAACCACCCCUGUCACCAAAAGGAGCUGGUUUAAAACGAAACUUGGCCCCUAAAACUCUUGCAAACUACUUCAAAAUCUCUUCCAAACAUAAAGCAAGUGAUGGAGAAGUAACAGCUGAGGAAAAAAAUAGAGGAAAUACUCAGAAUUCACUUGAAGAAAAGAAAGAUGCUCAAACUAAGUCAAUAAGCAAGGAAGAGGGGGGAGAACACAACAGGAAAAGUGCAACGUCCCUCAUUCUAUUUGAAGAGGUGGAUAUAAUAUUUGAUGAAGAUGCAGGGUUUCUAAGUGCAAUAAAGACAUUCAUGGCAACUGCAAAGAGACCUGUAAUUCUGACCACCAAUGAUCCAACUUUCAGCUUAAUGUUUGAUGGCUCUUUUGAAGAGAUCAGCUUUAGAACCCCUUCCCUGGUAAAUGCCACCAGUUACCUCCAGACCCUGUGCCUGGCUGAGAACCUCCGGGCAGAUGGGAAAGACUUGGCUGCUCUGCUGACCACAAAUAACUGUGACAUCCGAAAAUGUGUCCUCUGCUUACAGUUUUGGGUUAGAAGUGGAGGGGGAUGCUUGAAGGAGAAAUGCCUGGCACGUCAUGGAGGAGAGGAGACAAGUGAAGCAGGUGAUGUAAUUCAUUGUGAACAUGAUGAUUCCAAGGUGGAUUCUCCUCCAGGUGCUGAUGCACAUCUGCAGGAGCUUCCAAAGUGUGACACAGGCUGUGUAGAGACGUUGCUUGGCCUUCGGAACAUCCUGCUGCCUUCAGAAGACUUGUUUACAUUUCUUAAGCACAAAAGCACAACCAUGGAGGAAUGGAAUAAAUUAAUACAGCUUCUCACAGAAUUCCAGAUGAAGCAAGUGGAUUUUAUACAUAGUAAUCUUGAACUUAUCCUUCCCUUACCAGUGCAAGUUCUUUCAAACCAGUCUGAAGCCUCUAAGUCUACACUUGAAAGGACUACCACAGUUUCUUCAAAAAACAGGUCUACCAACAGUAGUUGCUCUGGGAAGAGUAGCCCUGGAAAAAGGUCUAAGAAGACAAAGACUCAGAAAAGGCUUGAUAUAUUGGAUGACAGUGACUUAUUUGAUACUGAACUGAACUAUUCAUCUGAAUUCGUAACUUUGCCAUUGGAUAGUCCUGUGUCAUGUGCUGAAAUGAAUAAAAAGGAAUCAAAAUUGUUGGUGAAUAGAGAAGAAAAAGGAGUUAAAACUAAAACGUCAGCAAAUGAAGAAAGGUCUGCUCUUGUUUUUCAGUGUCUGAAUUCACUGACUGAGUUUGUGGAAAACAUGUCUUUCCUGGAUUGCUGUGUAAGCACCAACACCAAGGAACCACUGGAGUUUUCCAGAGAGGAAGAAUUUCAUUGGACAAAUGCCAAAAUCAGAAAUGGUCUUUGUGAUGAAUUCAGUAUAGAAAAUACUGAUUGGUGGAGUUCCCAGAGCUCCAGUGAAGUAAAGGCAGCUAUUGAAGCACUCAGUUUUCACAAGUGUUCUGUUAAUAUUUCACAAAACUUGGAAUCCUUUUUGAGUACCAGGAAAACACCUUCAAGUGAUCAGCUGGAGGGACUUACUUUGCAUAUCUCAAACACAAGGAAUGGUGUGUCCUUCAGUGAGUCAGCUGACUCAAGCAUUCACAGAAAGGCACAGAAGAGGCUGGCUGUCAUCAGAACUGUGUUUUCCAGAAGCCCUUUGAACCUGGGGAACAAGCAGGCCAGCAUCCUGGAAUACCUCCCCACACUCCGUGGGAUCUGUAGGUCUGAGAAGCUUAAAGAGCAAGGGAAGACUAAAAGAAGGUUCUUGCAUUAUCUUGAAGGGAUUCAUCUCGAAAUACCCAGACAAAUGAUAAAUGGUCUGUCUUUGGACUUCCCUUAGAAUUGCUAACACCAGAAAUACUUUGUGCCUAAUGGUGGUAUUCUCACCAUAGUUUUUGGGGUUUUUUAAAUCUUUUUUUACCACAUUAUUGUAUAUUCAGAGCCAUUUGUAUAUUAAAUUUUUAUAAGUAUUUAAAGUAAUGUAUAUAUCUAUUGUCGUGCUAUUGCUCUCCACAGCUGAAAUGUGGGUUUGUUUGGUGCUGGUCCAAUAAGUGCAUUUAUAAUAUUAAAUGCACAGACUAUUCCAUGGGGAAUCCUUCAAUUUGGGUGUCAGACAGCAAGAAGUCCUUUUGUAGCAACCAAGUGUCACAACUUCCACAGCAAAGGAGACCAUUUUGUUCAGAGCAGUUUGUUUCUGACUGUGAGUGAAGUGCUCAAUGACUCGGGGUGGGAGGGGGCAGGAGAGGAUGCAACAAGUCUUCUGAAGUGUGAAUGACUCAACCCAACUCCUCACAACAACCACAGGGAACAAAGUCCUUGCAAAGCACUCAGUGCCUCGCUGUACAUAUAUUUGUAUAUUCCUUUCAUCAUUUACAGCUGUCAGAUCUGCAUGUUAAUCUAAAAAGGUAGAGAAGUUAUCGCUGUAGCUCAAGAUGGUCUCAGAGAUUUAGGCAAGAUUUUGUAAAUAACAAUUGUUCCAGUGUUACUGUGGGUUCAGGAAUAUUUAACUACUUCUAGCCUUAUAUAUUGUGUUCUAUUUUUAUGCUUCUUUUUGUAUUGGACAAGACUUCAGCCUGAUUAUUUGGAUUGAUUCUGGUUUUGUACGACAAUAAAUUGUGAGGCUUUGCUACAACUUUGGAUGUUUCUGUUGUAUGAAAAGUAAGAUUUAUAAAACGUUUUCAGGCCAUAGAGAUGAUUUUUAGAGGGUUUUAAAACUGGAAUUAGUUCAGCCAUGUACUUUUCUGCCUUUAUAUUGCAGUUGGACUGUUCCUGUUCCUCAUACUGAGUCAGAUCCUGCCAUGCAGUGCUGCUCCACUUACCUCAAUGUCUCUGUAAUAAUAAGGAAGGCAUUUCCUAGUACAUUCUCUUCCCAUAUUUUUCAUGCCUUAAAGAUAUUCAGGAAUAAGAAAUAUUUAUGAAAAUGGUAAAUUAUUUUAAGCUUUCACAUUGUAGAUAAUCUUUAGAGUUUACUCUUUCCACAGUUCAGAAUUAUCCAAAAAUCAAAGUGGGUGCUGUUAAAAUCUUAGUGGGUUGAUGAUUUGUUGCAUUGAUGGUCUGUGCUCCUCCUGUACAUUUUUGUAAAAAUAAAUAAAUACACUUUUUUUUUAAUAA